AUGUCACUUUCAAAAGAAGUAAAAGAAAUUAUUGGAGAAGGAUGGGAUAACAUUAAUCUAAAAUUAGAUAAAAUUCAACCUGGAACAUUGGUUAUUUUAACAAUAACAGGAACAUUAAUUAUAACAAAAUUUGGAAAAUGGUUAAAAAAAUCAGAAAAACCUAUUCAUAAAAGAAUAGGUUCAUAUUUUUUUUCACUUUUAAGAAAACUUCCUGCUGUUCAAAAAGAGAUUCAAAAACAAUUAGCUGGUACAAGAAAAGAAUUAAUUCAUUCUAUUCAUAAAUAUGAUAAAGAAAAAAAUUUUAUUAAAGAAAUUCCAAAUAAAACAAUGUCUUAUGAAGAAAUUUUGAAAUUAGCAAGUGAAUAUGAAGAAAUGUCAACUUUUGAUGUUAAAGGUGGUAAAGUUAGUGGAACUGUUUAUACAGAUAUAAGUGAUGAUCAUCUUAAACUUAUAACGGCAAUUUUUAAUAAAUAUGCCUACUCUAAUCCACUUCAUCCUGAUGUAUUUCCGGGUGUCAGAAAAAUGGAAGCUGAAGUUAUUAGAAUGAUACUUAAUUUAUAUAAUGGUACAUCUGAAUGUACUGGUUCAAUGACAAGUGGUGGUACUGAAUCAAUUAUACUUGCUUGUUUUGCAUAUAAAAAAUUGGCAUUAUCUAAAGGAAUUGAAAAUCCAGUUAUUGUAUGUCCAUCAACAGCUCAUGCAGCAUUUGAUAAGGCUGCUGAUUUAUUUGGAAUAAGAAUAAGACAUGUACCUGUUGAUGAAAAUCAAAAAGUUAAUAUAAAAGAAUAUAAAAAAGCUAUUUGUAGUAAUACAUGUAUGCUUGUUGGUUCUGUACCAAAUUUCCCAUCUGGAACAGCUGAUCCUAUUAUUGAAAUUGCUGAAUUAGGAAAGAAAUAUAAUAUACCAGUUCAUGUUGAUGCUUGUCUUGGAGGAAUGCUUAUUCCAUUUAUGGAAGAAGCUGGUUAUCCAAUUCCAUUAUUUGAUUUCCGUGUUCCUGGUGUUACUUCUAUCUCUUGUGAUCUUCAUAAAUAUGGAUAUGCUCCAAAAGGAAGUAGUGUUAUCAUGUAUAAAACAUCUGAAUAUCUUCAUAAACAAUAUUUUAGUGUAACUGAUUGGAGUGGUGGAAUUUAUGCAACACCAACAAUUGCUGGUAGUAGAUGCGGAAGUUCUAUUUCUGUUGCUUGGGCUACUUUAUUAUUUAUUGGAAAAGAUGAAUAUAUUAAAAGAACACGUAAAAUUAUUGAUUCAUGCAAAAAAAUUGUCAAAAAAGUUAAUGACUUAAAUAAUGGUAUUGAAAUUCAUGGAAAUUCUGAUGUUAGUGUUGUUGCUUUUAAAAGUAAAAAAUUUAAUAUUUAUGCCGUUUCUGAUGAAUUAAAUAAAAAAGGAUGGAAUUUAAAUUGUCUUCAAAAUCCUGAUGCUAUUCAUUUUUGUCUUACAUAUAACCAAGCAUCAGAUGAUGUUGUCAAUUCAUUUGUUUCUGAUUUAAAAAGUGCUGUUGAAGAGGUUAAAUCAGAUCCAGAGAAAGGAAAUAAAUCUAAAAGUGCUGCUAUUUAUGGUAUGGCUGCACAGGUACCAGACAAAAGUUUGAUUGAUGAAGUUACCAGUCUUUAUUUAGAUGCCUGUGUUAUGAUUCCUGAGAAAGAAGAAUAG